AUGCGAGAGGCGUUUCGCACCUUCCCUCUGUUACGCACCUGUCAGAAACUCACCUAUUCACUCGCCGUACUGAUGACUAUACAUGCGGACCGAACAAGGAGUGCAAAAACAAGGCAUGCUGCGGUCCAAACAACGUUUGUGGAUACGGCGAGCUCUAUUGCGGCCACGGACCCUAACCGUCCUUCACCCGGAAAGGGCGGCGACGUGCGAAACAGAGUAAUCGGAUAUUACGAGUCCUGGCGGGCAGAUGGAAGCACCUGUGGAACGAUGAGGCCAGAAGAGAUACCCGUCGAAUAUCUACAUCAGGUGAAUUUGGCUUUCGUCUACAUCGAUCCGAAGACCUACCAAAUCAUCGACAUGGACGUGUCUCUGGCAGACGACCUUUACUCUCGGGUUGCCAAUAUCAAGACCCGCAACCCAAAUGCCAAAGUCUGGCUAAGUAUUGGAGGUUGGACUUUCAAUGACCCUGGGGUCUUUCAACCUGUCUUAUCAUCUAUAGCCGCUAGCCGAGAGCACACUUACACUUUUGCCGGUAAUCUUAUGGAAUUCAUGGAUAAGUACGGCUUCGACGGAGUUGAUCUAGACUGGGAGUAUCCUGGAGCAACAGAACGGGGGGGCCGAGAUGAAGAUGUCAAAAACUUCCCGGAGAUGUUGAGGAUCCUUAAGGAUGAACUGCAAGGAUCCAACCGGUAUUCAAAGAAAUGGGGAAUCUCAAUUACUCUGCCCACCUCUUACUGGUACUUACGCUGGUUCGAUAUUAAGGCGCUGGAAAGUGUCGUGGAUGAAUUCAACCUCAUGGCUUAUGAUCUCCACGGCGUCUGGGAUGAACUCAACCCGAUCGGUCCUAUCGUCUACGCACACACAAAUCUGACAGAGAUUGACUUGGCUCUGGACCUCUUCUGGAGAAAUAAUAUCAGUCCUAGCAAGAUCAUUCUUGGCCUAGCAUUCUACGGCCGCACAUAUGAGCUUGUCACUCCUCUAUGCGCUACCCCCGGGUGUGAAUGGAGAGGGCCUGGCUCUCAAGGUCAGUGUACUGGGAAGGCAGGUAUCCUAUCCUAUCGUGAAAUCCAAGAUAUGAUCAAAGAGAAGUCCCUGAGCCCUAAGUAUGAUGAGGAGGCCGGUGUCUUCUAUAUUCAAUAUGGCGAAGGUGGAGCGAACUGGGCAUCCUUUGACGAUGCCAUUUCAUUCCAAGCAAAGAUUGAUAUGGCGAACCGAUAUGGGCUGGGGGGCGUCCUCAUCUGGGCGAUCGACCAGGACGAUGAUUCUCGUCGUGCUUUACAAGGGGUAACUGGUAAGGACGUGCCCCCAGCUCCUUCAGUCGUGGAUGGAUUUGGGGCUUUUUCCCUGGAUCAAUGUUACAUGACCGACUGCAAUCGGGAGUGUCAAGCGGGCGACGUGAAGAUGACCACGCUCAACUCUGAUAAGAGUGGUCGUGGAUGUAAUCGGAAGAAGGGAGAGGUGCGGUCAUUUUGCUGUCCGGCAAUGAAUGCCCCUGACGCCUCAACUUGUCAUUGGAGCUCCGAUUCAGCAGACUGUCGGGGUCAAUGCGGUGUCGGUGAAGUGACAAUGCUUGAGGACGAUUACGGCAAUAGGUGUUGUCCCGCGACCAAUGGCCAGCAAGCAAUCGCGGCUUGUGAAUAUAGCCCGAGGAACAAGCCCUGUCCGAAUGACAAGCCUCAAGAGUUGACAUCGAUUGCAGAGUAUUUAAAAAUUGUGGCUGGCAUGGAGAAGGCUUCUGGUGCGCCAGCAACCAAUGCCCUACGGAGCACAUCGUGGUCCGCCAAAGGCGUCUUCAGGCUGUUGGCUCGGCAAAGAGGCAGCCUUCUGCUGCGAUCCUCCUCUAACUGGAGGUUCACCUUUUCUUCCAGUUCCGCUGGAGAAUCUUUUCCGCAUGCGGAUUCGUUUCCCUCGAGUUAUAAUCCCACCUUCGCCAUGCUCUUCGAUAACCAUCCGGAUGAGACAGCCAGCAGUCCUGGCGAGGAUCCGAAUAAGGAAGCAUUUACCUGGAUUGUGAUGGUUGGAGAGGAGGAGGAUGUACAAAGCUUUGAAAAGCGUGACGGAUCCCAUCUGGAGUUAUUCGAUUGUCCGAAUACGGCCGAAGAUGACUUCAGCGUCCAGCAAGCCAGGGCCAUCUGUGUGGGCGGCAGUCUGACAGAUAAUAACUGCGAGGAUAUCAUGAAGGGAGGUGUCGAGGGCACGAUCGUCCGCAUGCCUGCUCAUUGCGGUCCGGAUACCUACGUUCGGGCUGUUCGCUUCGAACGUUCAUCAAACCUCACUCUACCCGGCACGUUACAGAAGAGGUAUGCACCUGCCAGCUAUUCGAUAUAUGAUUUCCAUUACGAUUACAACUUCCAAAAUCUCCGCCGUGACGGGAAAGAAAUCUACUUUCGCGCCGAUCUUUCCAGGGUGGCAUCCGCUGGGCCCCUUUGCUCCAUUUGGCAUGGGAUUCAAUAUCAAGGCAUCUUCACAACCAAACCUUACUUCCAACUUGACGUAAGACUCGAGGCCGACGCCUACGUAUCCGCCCAGGCCACUGUGGAAAUGUCGCUGUCGUUGGACAAAUUUCGGUACUAUCUCCCUGCAACCCUUGGAUCCAGCGGAUUCCAGAAUAUGGGGGACCACCAUCUCAGGGUCCUUGCAAGCCCCAUAUCUGGCCGCGGGGACAUCGAAGCCAGGGUUGGGGGAGGAUUACUCUACCAUUUCCGGCCCACCGUUGGAUUUGAUAUCAAAUUGCAGUAUGAGGGCAAACAGUACGUCGACACUUCCAUCAAACUGACCACCGAUGGCCAGAUACGAUUCGACACUGCCCUUUCCACCUCAUGCAGCGCUGGCCUUCAGGUCGACAUUGCGGGCGGAAUGACCAUGGACUUGAGUGUCGAAAACGCCCUCCCGGGGUGGAAAGACGAGUCUUAUGCUCUCUUCUCCUUCAGUCCUCGAGAGAUAUUUUCAGGUUGCGUACCGUUCGAAGUUCUCGCCCGGCGCGAGCUUGAAGGGAAUCUGUCGAAUUUUGUGACCCGAUCCGACAUCACGGUUCCAAAGGACACCGCGUCGACAUGCGCCUUCUCCACUGAGGGGGUGUAUUGCGCUGAUCGUGAUGGAAUCGACGAUCCCGACCCCAACUGUGACUUGAGCGAACUCAGGUUGGACGCUCGAUCGACCUAUGACGAGGCGGAUUACGGUGACGACUAUCUCGCUGAUGGAUUCGAAGACGAUGGUAUGACGCGCCGCGGCGUCACAAAGCGAAGUGCGAAGGACCUCAGUUACUGCGAUCAAAGAGGAGGAGGAGAGUAUGUGGGAUUUUUCGAUACUAAUAAAGGAACAAUCCAUUUCAGAAAGUUUCCCUCGUCCACCGAGCUGGUACGUGACUACAAUCCGAAUGCAGUGACUUACGACGCAGAAGAUUUCUUGGACUGCAAUAAUUAUGAGCUGGUUGAUAUCCCGACCCCAGCGAGGCCGGUGAGUAGGGCGGACAACAAUGGUCGACAAUAUCAUAGCGAGCACAUCCUGGAGGCCCAGACGGUUCAACGCUUUUUCAACGCUGUGGGUAAAGCCUGGUCUAAUGGCAAGAAGACAACCAAGAAUCCAAACCCUCCUCCAAACCCCAACGCAAGGAUGUUUACAACUCCGCUCAAGGGCAAGACUGAUUUGAUCCCUUGGUGCACGUACAUGAACCUUUGGUGGAACAAGCCGAGUGGUCUCAAACCAAAUGACGAAUUGGGCAAUGCAUUUCCAGGAUAUCGAUAUCUCACAGAGGAGUUCGUUCUCUAUGAGGGUACCUUGAACAGUGCAAUCAAGCAGAAUUGGUUCGCUGGUAUUCAAUCAAUGGGUCAGGACAAAAUUGAUGAAGAUAUCGACAAUCGAAAAUGGGGCAAGGUUGCGAAAACAUUUAAAUUGCAUAUCCUGGGCUGGAAGUAUUAUUACUUCGAGGAUAAUGUCAAAACACUUCUAAAGCAAGCAAGACGAGUGGAAAAAGCGCUGCGAAAAUUAGAUGACGAUAACGGAAUCAACGCCCUAGUCAAGGAUAACAGAGGAAACUAUGACAAACCGUACAUUCCUCAAGGCCUCGCGGACCUUUGGAGAACCUGGGUCGAGCAAGAGCAUGACCGUGUCCAGCACGAGGUCAAGGCCUGGUUGGAAAAAUGGGUCAAGCUGGCCUACGACCGUAAUCGACCAGCGGACCAGAGCCAGCACCUCUCUGAAGCUUGGGCGGAGGUCCAAAACUUACGGGAUUGGGAUAUCAAUUGGGACUUUGAUGCUAUGGAUACAGACGCUUGA